AUGGAGGAAGGAGCCAGUGUUUCCAGGCCACCCUUGCUGCGUGGUCACAACUAUAACUUCUGGAAAGGGCGUAUGAGGGCAUUCUUGAAAUCACAAGGAGGAGGAGUAUGGAGAACAUUGGAAACUGGCUGGACAGAACCAGUCAAAUACUCAGAUGACCUGACUACGUCAACCAUCAAGAAAUUUGAAGACUAUAGCAGAACUGAAGUCCUUGCUGCUGAGCAUAAUGAUAAAGCCCUAAAUGCUAUUUUUGGUGCAGUUAAUGCCACACAAUACCGCCUCAUAUCAAAUUGCAUUAGUGCUAAGGAAGCGUGGGAUAUUCUUGAAGUCACAUAUGAAGGCAGACUACAAGAGCCGUUUCCAGAAUCAAAACUUGUAUUAAAGGUGCUAAGAUCACUACCAGAGAAGUUUGAUAUGGAUGUCAAGGCAAUCUCUCAAUCACAUGAUGCAAAGAAGAUGACACUUAAUGCUCUAAUGGGUAAUCUUGUAAUAAUCGAACUAAACAUGAAAGAGGAUAGCAAGAGAAGAAAACCUGAGAAGCAAACCGCCUUUCUGGGAACAGACCUGGAGGGUGAUGGAGAAGAUGCUCUAUCAUUUGAUGAAGAAUUCCAAGAACAGCUGCCCUAUUCACAAAGCAGUUCAAGAAGAAGUGGAUUCAAAAGAAGGGAAAGAACCCAAGUCAAGAAGGACCUUCUAAGACAUCCACAUUCAGGGAGUCACGUUUCAAAGAAGGAAAAUCUUAUGAUAACAGUACCAAGUACAAAGGCCCACUCUGCUUUGAAUGUGGUGGACACGGGCAUAUCCAGACUGAGUGUGCAAACAACCUUAAAAAGAAAAGACAAGCAUUCUCAAUUACCUGGAGUGACGAGGAUUCUGACGAAGAUCAAGGAAAAAUGGACUGAACUGCUUUUGGUUAACAGAAGGAAUAUAGCAGAGAAGAAUCAGCUGACACUUGAUCUAAAAGUUCAGAAGCAGAAUCUAGAAAAAGUAGAAAUAGAGAAUGCAGAUCUAAAGUUUGAACUGCAAAAGCUCAAAGACUACAUCAAGUGGAUGAAGAUAGCUGGGGCUGAAGUACUGGAUGCACAGGAAUUAAUGUUCAAAGCACCAGGAGACAGGCAAGGAAUUGGAUGUGACGUCAACACCAAAAUAGAUGAUCCACCCAGAAAAGCUAAUCUGAUGAAGACAACACUGAAAGGAAGAACGUCUCUGGACCCACCCGAUGGUCUCUCAGACAGGCCAAGGCGACUCAGGAAUCUUGAUGUGCCUGACUUUAGCAAGAAAACAAAUCUUCUGUCCAUACUUCAUUCAAACAAGCUGUUCAAAUCUGUUACUCUACCUGGUUCAUUUGUGAAACGAGUAAUUCAAGAGUUUUACAUCAACUUAUCUGAGUCAUGUGUUGAUGUUGAUGAUCCCUCUUACCAUAAAGUUUUUGUUCGAGGAAGGCUCUAUGAUUUCUCACCCUCUGUAAUCAACAAUUUUCUUGGCACUACUUCAAAUCCUGCAAUUACACUUAUUGCUGAAGAAACUGUGUGGAAUGACCUUACCAAUGGCCUUAGGGAUUACCAGCAUGGGAAAACCAAAGUACCAUCCUCUGUGCUCAAAAGCUCCUAUGCCCUACUUCUCAGAAUUGCUGCCUUCCACUGGCUGCCCACCACACACACUAACACAGUUCCCCUCUGCAUGGCCACUCUACUUUAUAUAAUCAAAAAUCAUGCUCCACUUGAUUUGGAAAGAACUGUGUUUGACCAGGUGAUGUCUUUUGCAACUGCCAAAUUCAAGAAAAACAAGAAUGGCCUUCCAUACCCCCUGCUAGUCUACAGCAUUCUGAGGGAUCAAGGUUUUGAGAAGGAGGAAAAUGAAGAGGAAGAACCCAUACCCUCCUUGUUGCAGGUUGAUAGUAGGCACUUGGAAGGAAGCCACUUCAAUGACAUGGUAGAUACUGGAGCAUCUGGAGGCACAGCCCAGGAUCCCUUCUCUGUUGAGAUACAUCUCAAUUUUCUGGACAAGGAGAUUAAAGCACUUCAGAUGGAUGCGGAUUAUCACCAAGAAAUUGCUCAAAGGUCCACAGAAAGGAGGAACAUGCUCAUCCACAUUGCCCACACCCUGAGACAAACAAGGGGUGCACAGAGACAGGGGGAGCCUAACCAAGCACAGAGCAGCUGCUGCACGUCCAGAUUCAGAGGAAGAAAGCCUAGGAGACAGUGAAGAGGAGUUUUUAUCAUCAGAAUCAGAGGGGGCCACUCAGAAAUCAGAAGAGGAUGACAGCUCGGAGGAGUAAACAUUGCAGAUUCAGUUCUUCUAAAACACAUUUUUUGGUGGAAAGGGUUGUUCUGCCCUAUUUCUUAUGCUAAAACAUUGCAUGUUUGGUUUUGUUUGGGAUGAUUUGCUACCUUGCCUGAUGGAGAACUGGUUUAAUUCCUCUCCAUACUAAGUUCUGUUUUGUGACACAUUCUGGUUCUAAUCUUACAUGCAUAUGUUGUGAAGACAUGAUACUACACGAGCCUACCCUCCUUCAUGGGUACUUGGCUCUUUCUAUGAUGACUAAUGUAGCACAUAAACCAACAUUAUAUAAAUAAUACAUUAUUUAUUAAUAUGAGUUCAAAAACAAAACAAAAUCCUUUGCACUCUCAAUAAGAAACCCAAGUUAACCAAUGGAAAGUGAGGCCAUAGUUUGCUGCACUUUUGGAAUGCAAGUACCAAUAUACACACACACCUUUUACUAACCUCGCAUCUAAGACACCACACCUCCUGUUUUAAAGAUCCACAUACCUGAUUUUUGCAAAAUAACAUCUCCUCUUUGUCUUCAUUGGCAUGCAAACGUACCAAUUGCACCCCAAUCAAAUGCUAGGCCGCAAGCUUCAUGAAAUUAUCCAAUACUAUCAGUGAUGUUGUCACAGGAAUAAUAUUCAGUGUUUCGGUUUAAUUAAAAAGAACGGAUUAGGAAACAGAAAUUCUUUGGUUGAAGAGAGACCAAAACCUCAAGAGCCUCAUUUCAUUCGUGUUGUUCUUUAUGGGAUCCUCUUGGGUCUGUGCAGCGGGGGUAGCUUUGCUAGCAGUCACUAUGGAUGUACUCCUGUCUCUAUAAACAUAUGGCACGAUAAACCAUUACAAAUGAGCAAACUUAAAACAGAUAGAGUGAAGUUUGUUAAAUGUAGAAGGUGUGGAUCGGAGGUGCUGAAAUAAAUGGGUGUUGUAAUGAUGUGGAAGGUAAAUACCUCACUAUUUUGCAUAGGCUCCAGGAGACAGCAUACUCACUAUUUUGGGAGUAUGCUGUCUUUUAAAUACAGAUUAUUGGAGAAAGGAGCACUUUGAAAUGGUAGACCUGCUUAUAUAUUAUACUCCCUCCGUCCCCCUGUAUUUGUCUACUUUCAUUUUUACACACCAUCCAAUGCACUUCUUUAAUCCAUUUUAUCUUGUAAUUUGUAUAUUAAAAAAUUAUAGAAAUUAUAUAUUAAUAAUCUAUAUGUUAAGACAAAUCAAACAAGAUCACACAUGACUAUAUUUAGGCUUACACAUUGAGAGAAUUUGAUGAGUCAAAGUGCUUAGAUGAACAGUUCCAAAAGUCAAAUGUGGACAAAUACAGGGGGACGGAGGGAGUACCAAAUUGCUGGUUUUGCCGAUUUGAUUAUCGCCAAGGAAAGGAACCUGAAGCGUAU